GCUGCCUAGUAUCAUUGAUUUUUUUCAAGACGUAUAUCGAUACGCGCUUCUACACCGGCCACAAGUUGGAUUUCAAACAACAUAGUUGUGCCGGCGGCCCUUUAUCUGGUGGUGGUGGCGUCGUCGGCAAUACCAAUUCAAAUUCCCAUCAGGUACAUCACAUACAUCAGCCUCAUCUGCCCAACAGCAAUCCGUCUGCCCACAUAUCACCGCAUCAUUCCAUUUUACAUACGCAUCACGCCGGUACCGCUGCCGUUUCGCACGCAUCCGCCCAAUCGCACGUCGCCGCCGGCUUGCCACAUAGCGGCCUACCGCCUGUAGGGCAGCAACAGCCAGCCUCAGCGGCAACUGCUUCCCAACUACAAGCGGCACAUCAGCAGCAGCAACAACACCAGCCUUCGCAGACACAGAACCAGCACCAGUUGAUAACGCCGACUUCCGUCGGCUGUGCGACAAGCAACGGCAGCACCACUUCUGGCAGCGGCAGCAGCGCGAUCGGCUCCAAUUCCGUAUCCUCGCUAGUCAUAGGCAACGGUCCCGCUUCGGGUGGAAAUAACGUCCAUUCUAUUUCAUCAGCGGCUGCCUCCGUUUCAACGGCUUCUUCCUUACCUCACAUCGUUCCAACCAGUCUGGGACUAAGCCCGCAAUCGAGCGCUGAUUCCCAGCAGUUCAAUAUAUUCCCGGCUAUUUUUAGCCGACAACUCAACUUCACGACUGGAACUUGUGGUCAAAGUAAGCUCACAAUGGACGAACUGCGUCCAAAUUUGGUUGGCGGAUUGUUGGGCUUGCAGCAAGGCUUAUUGGAUGACCAUGCGGUCAAUAUGCAUAAUGCCGCUGCGUCGCAGGACACAAAGUUCAUGUCGUUUCAAGAUAAUCGCUUAAUGGGAAUUUCUUCAUCACAUGAAAACCGUCUGCUAGGUCUGACCUCCUCGAUGCAAGACACCCGCUCCUCACUUAACUCCAUUGACAAAGGUUCACUUAAUCAUCAGCGCAAAUGCAGCAGCACACCCGAGGAUUUUAGCUCAUUGUAUUCUGGUCUGCCUACACCUGGCAUGGACUCGUCUUCACAUCAUCAUACGCCCGCGCAUACGCCGCCUACGCGCCUUUCUGACCAUUCGAUAUCCGCGGAAGGUGCAUUUAAGAAGCUAAAGCCAGAACCUAAUACGGGCCUCUCGACGGCUUCCGGCAGCGUUACGUCGCCCGGAAACGGUUUAUCAUCGUUAAGUCAACAUGCCAGCCAUACACCGACCACAGCAUCCUGCCCGACGCCAGCGAGGCGAAGACAUCGGACGACGUUUACACAGGAGCAACUAGCCGAGUUGGAAGCCGCUUUUGCGAAGUCACAUUACCCGGAUAUUUACUGCAGAGAGGAAUUGGCACGAACGACGAAGCUUAACGAGGCGCGAAUACAAGUUUGGUUUCAAAAUCGUCGCGCUAAAUAUCGAAAACAAGAAAAGCAGCUGCAGAAAGCUUUGGCUCCAUCUGUGAUCCCCUCGUGCAACGGCAUGAUGAGAAAUAUACAAGGAUACAGUGUAUCACGUGGUUAUCAGCCGUAUCCACAUCACAACUCAAUAAAUCGAUAUCCGCAGGAUUUAUUCCAAAUGGGCGCUUCAUCUUACCCAGGUAUGACGCAACCGUUCUCAAUGACACAUGGCACAAAUAUGGGUUCUGUGGGCGUUCGUCAGGAUUCUAUGGGCAUGUCACCGGAAGAUGAAUGGUACAACAAAAGCUUAUCUGCCUUGCGUAUGAACAGCUCGCACCAUCCCAAUUUGUCAGCGCCGAUGUUGCAGUAUCAAACAUAAUCGAAGACCUUUGACGACUUCUUUUAAAAUACAAAUGUUGAGUUACGACACGCAAACAGUCAAUAUUUGUAUUUUAAAGGAAUGCCGUCAAGUGAUAAAUGAUUUAAGAACAGCGUCAUACGGAGCUCGCGUAAAUUUGUUAAAUAUUUUAAAAUAUCUACAUAUAUUUAAUAAUAUUAAAUAUAAAAUGCUAAAAAUGCAAGUCGUGUGAUCACAAAUAAUAUCAUUAAACUGAAAACACAAAUACAUCUACAUAUGUACAUACUUACCUACAAAAAAUAAACAUAAAUACAUAUACGAGUUAAUGUGUGUAAUUAAGUAUGUACAUACAUAUGUAUACAAUACAUAGACUCUAAAGUGCAAAAGUUGGCAGUUUUAUAAAGAAAUCUGGAAAAUUUUAUUGUAAAUAAUCAUAGGGUUAAGGAUUCGCACAAAAGUUGAGCGAUCAGAAAGUGUUUCACACUUGUUUGUAUGUAAAUGUAUCUAUUGUAAUUGCAUGUAUUAUAUGUAGGCCAGACUUUUAUAUGCGUAUUAAUUUUGUUGAAAUUAUAGGUACGCAAUGCAAAAACCUAAAGAACAUAUUUAGUUAGUUAUAAUGAAGCGAAGGUGUAAUGUUACAUAUCUGCGACCAGCCGAUUUAUACACAAUUUGCACAACAGCGUUUCCGUACCAUCUUAACCGCCACUCCUUUGUAAGAAUUGUAUUUGAAUUGUUACUACAUAUGCUACAUAUUUCCAAUACCCCGCAUUUUCAAGAAAAUCUACUCUUAAGCAAAUAAUAGAUUGUAUAAAAUAUAAAAUGAGACAACGGAAUGAAAUGAGUAAUUUAUUCUGCCCUACAUGGCUGGCACUCUGCUGCAUCUCUAUUGUAUUGUAUUGUAAUUCUCAUAUUUGUAAGCUGUAGCUAAGUAAUGAGUAAAUAAAAUAAUAACUACUUAAUUAAUUGAUUAAAAAUUUACACUAUCUUAUGAUUUAAGUCCACAGUAUUCAUCACAUAUGUGAAAAAUGCAAUUUUCCCACUCUAUGUUGUAAAAAUCAAGAAAACUACUAUUAAAUAUAAAAUUGAUUAAAUGAAUAAAGAGUCUUUAUUUGUCAGGGCUGAGAGUUUUCUAGAGCCAAAAAGGACUUCGAACCAUGUUCACGAACUAACAUGAAAAACAGA